CGCUGUUCAAUUCUGACAAAGCUUACCCUCUUUGUUUUCUCCAAAAAUAUUUUAUUUUCCCUCUCUCGUGUUCCUGUUUUCAAAGCAUAAUUUCAGGUACAUUUCAUUCUUUUGCCCCUCAAUCCUUUCUCAGCGACGAGUUUAACUUCACUUGUCGUCGGUUGGCUUUAGCUUGGAGUUUCCGAGGUUGCAAAACUAUGGGAGAGAUCGAUACCAAACCUAUUGAACCUGUACAGGUUGCACUGACCUUGUUUGAAGAGAAGAGUAAACAGAGGAAACAUCUGCCUGGCAGCAGCAGCGGUGAUGAGAUGGAUAAAGAGAAGGAUUUUGAAGGACUCCAAAAGGAUUUGGCCAAUUACAAGGUGCAGUUGGAUGCCAAAGACGCUGCCUACUUGCAACUGUUGCAUAAAAUGGAGCACUACCAAAAAACAGCAGAGGAAGUUUCUGCUCAACUGAAGAAUUCCGAGGUUGAAAGAGAUGGCUACUUAGGAGAAUGUCGAGUAGCAAGACUUCAGAUCGAUGAACUUGAGGCUAGGGUGAAGGAAAUGGGUGAUCAAGUGUUAGAAUCUGGAAAAAUAAGGGAGCAACUUUUACAUGUUUUAGGUGAACUGAAGGCCGUGCAGGGAGAGGUGCUUAGUAUGGAAUCAGAACUUGCUUCUGCCACAGAAGCUAAGCUCAAGGCCCUGACACAAGCUGAGCUGAUGGAAACUGCUGCCAAUAUGGAGAAGGAGAGAGCUGAAGAGCUACUGAAGCGUGUCAUCGACCUCAAUGAAGCUGUUUUUCUGUCAAAACAAGCUGCUCUUGAAGCUGAGAAAGAUGAGUGCACAGCUUUAUCUGAGAAAGAGGAGGCAGCAGAAAUAGAAGAUCAAGCACAAAAACAGGAAGAUGACAUGAAAACACAAAUGGGAAUUAUGCAAGAAUUGGAAAAUCAGCUAAGGGCCAAGGCAGUAUUCAUUGAUUCGCUGCAGCUGGAACUUAAUCAAGCAAAUGAACGACUAAGUUCAUCUGACAAAGCUGCUUCUGAUGUCAUAAAUGAUCUAAACCAGCUAAAGGUAGAUUUGAAAGACAAAGAAAAAGAGAAUUUUGAUCAAGCAAUUUAUAUUGCGGAAUUGGAAACUGAAAUGAAUAAGUUGAAACUAGAACUGAAGAAUGCAAAUGAUGAAGUAACUCUCUUGAACUGCGAUGUUGAAAUGCUCACAGAGGAGUUGGCGAAGGUAAAAACUGAAAUGGAGGAAAUCAAGGAAAGGGAGAAUGAUGAACAGAUUGAGAUAGCAUUGCUGAAAGCUGAGCUUCAUAAAGUACGGUCAAAACUUGCAGCAGCAGAGGCAGCUGAAGCAAGAGACGGAAAUGUUAAAUCAGGGUUAUAUCUUGCAGUUCAUCAACUAGCCAUUGAAGCAGAAGUAGCAAAGAAGGAAAAUGAAAGGUUAAAACAAGAAGCAGAUUUGGCUGCAGAAUCCGCUGACCUUGGCCUAGGAUAUGAGACCUCUUCUCAGGCUGUAGAAGUUAGUCAGGCAAAUGAAUCAGUAGCAGAAGCUGAAAAGAGAAGUGAUGAGAAUGAUCACAACAUAACAAUUUCAUUAGAAGAGUACGAAUCCUUAAUAAACAAAGCCAAGAAGGUCAACCAAUCCGCAAACAAAGAUUCAAAAUCUGAAAACAAGAAUGAAUUGGAAACAUUGAAGAAGGAAUUCGAAGUUGCAACUGCAAAAGUUGCAGAGCUCAGGACUCGUACAGAACAGGCAAUUACAAGGGCAGAAGCAGCGGAAAGAGCUAAAUUAGCAGUUGAAGGUCAGCUAAGAAAAUGGAGAGAACAGAAGCAGAGGAGAAAGGCUGCAUUAGCUGCACUUCGGAAAGAAUCAUUAUCAGGGGAGUUUGCUUCUUCAUCAUAUGACACCACACCAAUAAAUUACCAGCCAUUGGGCAAGUUUUUGGACAUGAAAUUCUAGUCUUUUUAGAUGUAACUUUUCAAAUAAUCUUCGAGCACCAAACACCCUUUAAUGAUUUGCUUGAAGUAAGACCAUCUAUGUUUCUCUAGAUGCAAAUAUGUUCUAGUCAAGUGUCCAUCUCUUCAGACAAAUCAUGGAUCAACACAAAAAUCCAGACUCAUUGGACAGAGCCCAAUAUAAGCUCAGCCCAGAUUAACAAUGAAGGUGUAGCCCAACAGAAACUAUUUCCAUUUUCUCAGCUAUUUCUUCACCUCCUUUUUAUUCACCCAAUUAGCCCUCGUAAUGUGAACGGCGAGACUCGAAUUCGAAAGUGGACAAAAUUUUCAUGUGGUGAUUUUUGGUUGGAAUUCUGAAAAGCGAAUUGAGGAGGAGGGAGCAAUGCAUCGUGAAGAAAAGAAUGAAACAAAAUUUCCAAAAGUGAAAGUUGGUCAAUGCCCCGUCAAAGUUUGUGAGUGAUUCUUCCAAGCAAAAGAAAGAAAAAGAGAAAAUAAUAAAUUGAAACACGGUACUAAUGGUGAUGGAAAAAGUCUGAAAGUCAUUGGUCCAAA